GGGUCCCCAGAUCGGAGCCUGGAGGAGGAGUUCGAGGAGGGGCCGGCGGGCGAGGGGGGGUCCCCGCAGCGCCCCGCCGACCCGGCGCUGGCCGAGCUGGAGAGCUUCUCUGCUGAGAUGAUGAGCUUCAAGUCCAUGGAGGACCUGGUGCAGGAGUUCGACGAGAAGCUCACCGUGUGCUUCCGCAACUACGACGCCGCCACCGAGGGGCUGGCGCCCGUGCGGGGCCGGCUGCAGGCGCAGGAGGAGGAGGAGCGCCUGCAGGAUGAGGAGGUCUGGGACGCUCUGACCGAUGGCUUUGCCCCCCGGAGCUCCCCCCGGCCCUGGCAGCUCCCCGGGACUGAGCCCCUCCAUGGCAGCGACCCCCAGCUCGGUGGGAAGGAGGAGGAGGAGGAGGAGGAGGAGGAGCUCACUGAGAGGAGUGAGCAGGACUCUGGGAUCAACGAGGAGCCGCUGCUGACAGCUGAGCAGGUCAUCGAGGAGCUGGAGGAGCUCAUGCAGAGCUCACCUGACCCCGAGGCUGACCCCGAGGGGGAGGAGGAAGAGGAGGAGGAGGAAGAUGAGGAGGAGGAGGAGGAAAGCAAGGCUGAUGCUGAAGGCAAAGGUGGUGGCACGGAGCCCAUCGUGCUGCAGGAGCUGCAUGCUUUCUCCCCUGCCCUCAACAACAACUGCUCCCACGAAGGUAUGGCCAGCAAAGCCCAGGCCAGUCACUUUUUGGGGACAAUUCCAACCAAAUUGGACAACUGGGCGGAGCUGGUGGCGCAGCUGGCGCGGCGGGACGAGCUGGCCUUCGAGAAGGAGGUGAAGACAGCGUUCAUCGGGGCGCUGCUGGCCGUGCAGGGCGAGCAGCGGGAGCAGAGAGAGGCCGCCCGGCGCCGCCGCAGGGACAAGGGGCUGAGCCUGCAGGGCACAAAGGGCUCCGAGCGCGGGGGACGAAGGGAGCGCUUCAGCAUGGAGGGCAUCUCCAGCAUCCUGCACUCCGGCCUGCGCCAGACUUUUGGUCCCACCACCAACGAGAAGCAGUACCUGAACACGGUGAUCCCCUAUGAGAAGAAGGGCUCACCCCCCUCUGUUGAGGACCUGCAGAUGCUCACCAACAUCCUGUUUGCCAUGAAGGAGGGCAAUGAGAAGGUGCCCACUCUGCUCACGGAUUACAUCCUCAAAGUGCUCUGCCCGACCUGACGUGGUGCUGCCCCCACACUCCCACCCCAAAACGGGGCCAAACCCGAGGAAAAAGGGUCACACCCACCCGUGGCUGCC